AUGGCAAAAAGACUACAACCACCUUGGUGUCCACCACAGCGAAAAAAUGCUGCAACUCUUAAAGUAUACAAUAGUUUAACUAGAGAUAAGGAAGUAUUUAUUCCUCAAUUUGGAAAUCGUAUAUUAUGGUAUAGUUGUGGACCUACAGUCUAUGAUGCAUCACAUAUGGGACAUGCUAGAUCAUAUAUAUCAUUUGAUAUAUUACGCCGUGUAUUGUCUGAUUAUUUUGGAUAUGAUAUUUUAUAUGUAAUGAAUAUUACUGAUAUAGAUGACAAAAUUAUAAAAAGAGCUAGGCAGAAUUAUUUAUAUGAAAAAUAUGUAGAAGAAGAUCAUCCUCUUGAUGAAAUUCUGGAUGAUGCAAAAAGUGUAAUGUGUACCUUUGAGGAUACAGUAAAAGCUACAAAUGAUGUAGAUAAAAAGUGUAUGCUACAAAAGAUGUUAUGUGAUGUAGAAAAAGCAAUAGAAAAUCUUGAGAAUGCAGUCAAGCUUAAAGAUAAUAAUAAAAUUAAGGAAUAUCAAGAAUUAUUAUUGAAAGAAGCACGUGACCCAUUAGCUGAGUGGCUAGAUAAAAAGAACGGAGCUACUGUCACAGAACAUUCAAUUUUUAGCAAACUAUCACAACAUUGGGAAUCAGAGUUUCACAAGGAUAUGGAUGCUUUAAAUGUGUUAAAGCCAAAUGUUCUGACAAGAGUUAGUGAAUAUAUACCUGAAAUUAUAGCAUUUAUUCAAAAAAUUAUAGAAAAUGGAGUUGCAUAUGAGAGUAAUGGUUCCAUAUAUUUUGAUGUUGCUUCCUUUGAUAAGCAAGAUAAACAUUAUUAUGCUAAACUAGUUCCAGAAGCAUAUGGUGACACAUCAAGCUUAGAAGAAGGAGAAGGAGUUUUAAGCAGUACUGAGGUGUCUGAAAAAAGAUCAUCAACUGAUUUUGCACUUUGGAAGUGUUCAAAAGAAGGAGAGCCAUGGUGGGACAGUCCUUGGGGCAAGGGACGGCCGGGAUGGCAUAUAGAGUGUUCGGUUAUGGCGUCGAUAAUUUGCGGAGAAAGUUUAGACAUUCAUACCGGAGGAGUUGAUUUGAAAUUUCCACACCAUGAUAAUGAAAUAGCACAAGCAGAAGCAUACUUUAAUAAUUCUAAUUGGGUUAGAUAUUUUCUCCAUGCUGGUCAUUUAACUAUAGCAGGUUGCAAGAUGUCAAAAUCUUUAAAAAAUUUUAUUACUAUACAAGAUGCGUUAAAAAAACAUUCAGCAAGACAACUCAGACUUGCAUUUCUUUUACAUUCAUGGAAGGAUACAUUAGAUUAUAGUGAUAAUACCAUGAAUAUGGCUAUGCAGUAUGAGAAAUUUUUGAAUGAAUUUUUCUUAAAUGUAAAAUGCGGAAUUAGAUCUUUGGGAUCAGAAACAAAUAUUAAUACCUUUACUAAAUGGACAAAUUCUGAAAUAGAGUUAAACAAAAAAUUCAGUAAUGCUAAGGAUGCUGUACACGCUGCCUUAUGCGAUAAUAUUGACACGAGGAGUGCACUUGAUGCGAUUAGAGAACUUGUAACACAUUGCAAUAUUUAUAGGAAACAAGUUAAGCACCAAAAUACUUUGUUGCUUAGAGAUAUUGCAGUUUAUAUUACAAAAAUGUUUACUAUAUUUGGUGCAAUACCAUAUCCGCACGACACUAUUGGUUUCCCAGUAGACAGCAUUACCGAAAAUUCAAAUGUCGAAGAAACUGUUAUGCCGUAUCUCGAGGUUUUGGCAAGUUUCCGGGAAAAAGUAAGAAAUCAUGCUAAAGUAUUGAAGGCUAAUGAUAUUCUUGAGGAAUGUGAUAAAUUACGUGAUGAAAUUUUACCGAAUAUCGGUGUACGUUUGGAGGAUAGUAACGAAGAACUUUGUAAAGUUAAAUUAGUAAAUAAAGAAGAACUUUUGCGAGAGAAGGAAUGUAAGAGAAAAAUGGAAAUGGAAAAGUUACUAGAGAAAGAGAAAAGAAAAGCGGAAGCUACAGCGGCAGCUGCAGCAAAAGAAGCGCAGAGAAAAAUUCCUCCUUCCGAGAUGUUUAAAUUAGAAAAAGAUAAAUAUUCUCAAUUCGAUAGUAAUGGUAUACCGACGCACGAUAUUUCCGGUAAAGAGAUUAGUAAAGGACAGAUGAAGAAACUGCAAAAAUUACAGCAAGCACAAGAGAAAAGAUACAACGAAUAUUUUGCUUCCAUUCAAAAUGGCUCAUAAUAUAAUGUCAUUUAAUAAGUAUUAGCUUUUCGAAUCGUAAACGCGAUUCUUUAUAAGAAAAAUAUUGAUUUCGUGAAAUAUUUAUUUUCAUGUUACUUUCGCAUCAUUGCAUUGUUCAUUAGUUUAUUACUGUUUAUAAAUGUAACAACAUCUGCAUGAUAUUUAUGUUAAGAUUUGUACGGUACUUAAUUAGAAACAUUUAUCUUGUUUGAUACUUUUGAAACUUUUUUCAACCUACUUCAAACUACUGAAAUAUUGUGAAACGCAUAUUUAUAACGCUGAUUGCAAUUUUUACAUCAGCUUCAAAUAAUAAUUGUAUUAUUCGAUAAGUUUAUUUACACCAGGUGGGAAUGUAACGUAAUUUAUUUUUAAUAAAAAUAUAAUAUACCGAUAUA